GAAACAAAUUGUAAGCUCUGUAGUGAUGUUGUGUGCAAGCACAAUAUAAUUGUGGUUUCAUAGUUCAUACAAUUUCACCAACUACUAGAAUUAUUCAUUCCACAGACUUUUAGCAGCUCCUUUCUUCUCCUGACCCCCUUCAUCUCCAACUAAAGAAGAGUUUUUUGGGAGCAGGAGAAGGGGAAGAUAUGAGUUCGACUACAGAAGCUAAACUUCUAACUUAUCAAGAUAUCUCAACCCACAACAACAAGUCUGAUUGCUGGCUUAUUAUCUCCAACAAGGUGUAUGAUGUGACCCCGUUUCUCUAUGAGCAUCCUGGCGGUGAGGAUAUCAUACUCAAAGCAACUGGAAGAGAUGCCACUGAAGAUUAUAACGGUGUUAACCAUAGUGGGGAGGCAACAGGCAUUUUGCAAAAGUACUAUGUUGGUGACCUUGACACCUCCUCUCUUCCUGCGAAAAAACAGUACAAUCCAAUUUCAGUAGUAGCAAAACAAAUAUCUACGUCGAAGUCUGUGGGUAUCUUUCGCGUUUUGCUUCCUCUGUUGAUCAUUGCAUUAGCUUACGGUAUAUUUCAAAUCUACAAAAAGGAUUAGGCUUGCAAGGCUCUAUUAGAGAACCUGCUCUUGUUGGACUCCUGAUUUGUAUCUGCUGGCUUCAAGGCUCUUGUACUACUGAUUUUCUUGUUAAUAACCUGUUUAAAAAUUUAAAUUCCAAUUUUUUUCCCCA